AUGGUUAAAGCAUACAUUCAUGAUAAUGACAAUAGUGUGGAUGCCAGGGAGACUCACGACGCUGGGGUCCCUGUCACAUUAGAGAGGCUUGAAAAAUUGGGCGUGAUCUAUAGAUAUCUCAAGACACAGCCGGAAGUGGAAGCAUUAGCCAAAGAGAGAGACUAUAAGAAUCAAGAUACUGUGAAUAUUCAAGUCAGUACGUUUGGGAAUGAUGAAAGUCUAUUCCAGAAGAAACUUGCCAUUUUCUAUGAGGAACAUCUGCAUGAAGACGAAGAAAUAAGGUACUGUUUGGAAGGUACAGGAUACUUCGAUAUCCGUGACAACCAUAGUGGUGAAUGGAUAAGGUGUAAAGUGGACCCUGGCGACUUAUUGAUUGUGCCUGCUGGGAUAUAUCACAGAUUUGCUCUAGAUACAACCAAUUAUAUUAAAGCGUUGAGAUUGUUUAAGGAUGAACCUAAAUGGGAAGCCAUUAAUAAAUCACAAAGGGCAGAGGAGUCCUCAACACGCAAAGCAUAUCUUCAAUCGAUUGUUUAA